CACUUAACGGUGACGAAAUCUUUCAUAAUUUACAGCAUUACAAGCAUAAAAUCAAGUUCAAUUUUUAUCGCUUUUUUUAGGGUUUAUCACAAUAAGAAUGAAAAUAUUUUGAGACAAAAUUGUGAAAGAGAAAUAAAUUUGGCUUUGGUAACAUUAUUCAGGCACCUGUCCGAAAGACUGAGCAGUAGAAUUAGUUUGAGGUGUGUUGAAAAUUUCCAGUCAAGUUUUAGAGUCUUCAAAAUGGCCGGCGAGAGUGGAUAUCUUCCCCAACAUAAGGGUUUCGCAACUGCUGCAAUUCACGCGUUUCAGGAACCGGAACAAUGGGACUCCAUGGCUGUAGUCACCCCCAUGGUGUCUUCCACAACUUUCAAACAAUAUGGCCCUGCAAAUUUCAAGAAAUACGAAUACGGUCGCUCCGGCAACCCCAGUAGAGAAGUUUUAGAGAAAUGUUUGGCAACCCUAGACAACGGAAAAUAUGGACUGUGCUGGUCCUCAGGCCUGGGGGCUACCACAGCCGUGGCUAGUCUUUUCAAAGCCGGGGACCACAUCAUCUGCGGGGAUGACGUCUAUGGGGGCACUAAUCGGCUCUUUAGACAAGUCUGUUCGAAGUUCGGACUCGAUAUCACCUUCGUUAACGAAAAAGAUAUUGAAAAAACUAUCAAACCCAACACCAAACUGAUUUGGAUUGAGAGUCUCACUAACCCGACUUUAAAAGUCAUGGACAUAAAAGCAAUGGCUGAACUUGCCCAAAAACAUAAUGUCUUACUGGCCGUUGAUAGCACUUUUGUGACCCCCUAUUUCCAACGGCCGUUGGAGUUCGGCGCUGAUCUCGUUAUACAUUCAAUCACCAAGUACAUCAACGGUCAUUCGGAUGUUAUCAUGGGGGCCACAAUCACYAACAAUAAGGAGAUUUACGACAAACUGAAAUUUCUUCAAAAUGCUAUGGGAAUCAUUCCUGCSCCCUUUGAUUGUUAUCAGGUGACCCGAAGUUUGAAAACUUUGGCCUUGAGAAUGCAACAACACAUGAAAAAUUCMAUACAAGUGGCUAAGUUUUUGGAGAAACACCCCAAAGUCGCCAAAGUGGUCCACCCAGGGUUGCCUUCGCACCCCCAACAUGAUAUUUUCAAAAGACAAUCGUCGGGUUGUAGCGGAAUUAUGUCCUUUUAUCUCAAAAAUGCGACUCUUGAACAAUCGAGAACGUUUCUGAGCUCGUUGAAAAUUUUCACUUUAGCUGAAAGUUUGGGCGGAUAUGAGAGUUUGGCUGAACUUCCGUCGGUCAUGACUCAUGCUUCCGUUCCUGAAGACCAAAGGAAAGUCUUAAAAAUCACUGAUGAUUUAGUUCGGCURUCUGUGGGUCUGGAAGACGUUGAGGACUUGAUAAAUGAUCUCCAACAAGCACUUGAAAAAAUCUAAAUUUAUUAAUAAAUAAAAGUACGAAUUAUUA